AUGCCUCGUCCACCCUCGGAUGACGGCUACGACUCGGACUCUGGCUCCGAAUUCGAGGCAUCGGAUGUGCAGCUCGGUCUGGCGGACGGCCCGCUCGAAGUUGACGAUGAGGUCAACCCGCUCGUCUCACGCAUUGGUGGUCGUGCCGCCUGGCUGCCCAUGACCUCAAGCCCAACCAAGGAGGUCGCCGAAUGCAACUCGUGCAAGCAACAGAUGCAACUGCUCGUUCAGAUCUUUGCUCCGCUCGUUGAGUCGUCCUACGACCGAUGCCUCCUCGUUUGGGGCUGCGCGCGGCCAGCAUGCCAGCGCAAAGACACCUCUUCACUGCGGGUGAUCCGAACGCUCAAAUUCAACAAACGAUGGGCGGCUAAGCUGGAGAAGCAGAAGGCAAAGCGUCUCGAGCGAGAACAGGCCAAGAAAGAACGCGACGCCGCUGCUGCGAAGGCAAAGCAGGAGCAGGAGGAACGGGCCAAGGUCAACCCCUUCGCCGCAGGUGCUGGUGGUGCAAGUGCUGGCAUAGGAGGCAUGCUCUUCGGCGGCGGGGCAGACAACCCCUUCGCUGCUCCGACUGCCUCCACUGCGACCGCAGAAAGUGCAGAGAAGGACGAGUCCGAGGACGAAGACGACGAAGACUCGGAAGACGAAGAAGAGUCGGAAAGCGAGCGACUGGCCGAAGAGCUGGCCCUCAAAUCCGAUCUCGCUGCCACCACACCCUCCACGGACUCCGCCUGGGUCGAGUCGAGCGCCCGCUACCCACCUCUCUACCUCAACACCAUCCCUGAGCCCUCCUCCUCCUCGCUUUCGAAGAAGCUUUCCAAAGAAGAAGCAGCGAUGCUCAAAUCGGCCUCUGCGACCGGUGCGCUCGCCUCAAACGACAUCGACGACGCCGACCUCAGAGGCUUCGCCAAGGAGGGGUACGAAAAGAUGCUGCUCGACGGCAUCGAUGACACCUUCGAGCGCUUCCUCAAGCGCGUCUCCGUCGAACCGCGACAGGCUGUUCGAUACGAGUUCGGCGGCGAGCCUAUCGCCUUUCACGCCAAGGGCAAGAUGUACGAUCUGCUGUGGCCCAAAGAGCCCAAGGCGAAGGCGGGAGAAGGGGUGGCUGUCACGAAGAGCCAAUUCAAGAGCGGCGCUCCUGCGCAGGGCGAGCGAGCCUUCAGCGCCAGAGGUGUCCCGCCCUGCCCGCACUGCGGUGGCGAGAGGGUGUUCGAAGCCCAGCUCAUGCCGAAUCUGAUCAACCUGCUCAAGGCGGAUAAGAUCCAGGCUGCGGAUGGUUCGGUCGACGCCGAUGCGCACACUUCCGCCGCGGCCGAAGGCGACGAGGAGGCCAAGCGCAAAGCGGCCAUCGAACAGGCGCUAGGCCGACGUCUGCCUUCCGACAAGAAGGAAAGUGGAGAGGCGACGUUCGAUGCGCGAACGGGCCUCGUCUGGAGCACCGCCUUUGUCUUUGUCUGCAAGAACGACUGCUGCGCCUCCGAGGACGGCGAGCAGGACGGUGGCGACGAGUGCUGGCGCGAAGAGGUCAUCCUCGCCCAGUUCGAGGACGAGUCGUAG